CAACCACAUCGAAGGCUACUCGCAAUCCAAUACUUCAGCCCCAUAAUAUUAUUGCCGGAGAAAGGCUUCCCAAAAGCGCAAAGCCUUCUUUUUGCCUUUCCUGCUUUCCCGUUCUGCGAUCACUUUUAUCCGCCGAGUGGGCUAUGGAGUGUGUGGACCCUGUUACUCACUCGUCCUGACUCACCAUCCUUUCACCUGAGCUGUGACUCGCCUAUGAGACAUCAUCAUUUUCCUUGGAAUUGCAUAAAUUGGAGAAUGGAUCCGUCCCGGAAGUCCAAGCUCAGGCCUCUUGGCCUUUUUAGCUGUGGGUGUUUCUCUGAGUCUCGCUUUUGUACUAGUCGGUGAGAUGGCCGAAACCCAGGAAUUAACUGUCGAGGGGGUUCCGGGAACGCCUGCCAUAAGGGAGGUGAGACCCGAUAAGGGUUCCGAAAAGCUCAAUGCUGGAAACGGGUCAAGUGGGAACCCCAGUUUUGGCGUCAAAAAGAGUUAAUUUGAGAGCUGAGAUUGACACAUCGCCGCCAUUGGGUCUGUUAAGGAGGCAGUAGUGACCCGUUUUGGAGGUAGUGGACCUUGGCCACCUCUUUACAAGCUUGGGGAGGCCAUUAUGAUCAUUUACAGAAUGGCAUUGAUGGUUUUGACAUAAAGAAAGUGGAGGAACAAGCAGCUGAGUUGGAGAAAGAUUUGAUAGUGAAAGAGCUCGAAACACUUGACGUGCUUGAAGAACUGGGAGCCACUAAAAGGAUAGUGGAGGAAUUAAAGCAGCAGCUGCAGAAAGAAUCCUUGAAAUGUUUUGCAACUCAUGAAGUUCAUGCCUAUGAACCGGGUGGACCUCCUGUUAUUAAGGAGAUGAAUAAGGAAAAAUGUGGAAAUAUUGUCAAUAACCAAGAACAGAUAUUGCAUGGUUCAACUCCCUGCUCUAUCUCAUCACCUGAUCUGAUCUUAAUGGAGUUAAAACAAGCUAAAGUUAAUCUUGGUAAGACCAUGAAUGAUCUUGAGAUGAUACAAUCUUCUGUUGAAUCUUUGACUAAGAAGAUGAAGAAGGAGAAUAUUUUUCUCGAGAGGACACUCGAAAUGCAAGCACCAAAAUAUGCUGCUGUUUCUAUUCAAGACAGAGCUCAAGAAAAAACUAGAUUAAAUCCGCCUGUAGCUCCUCUAGAAACAAGUAGCAUUUUUUAUGAUCCCAUGGAUAUAAUGAAGAGCUUCAAUUCUGAUGCUGGGCAGUACAAUAGAAUGGUUGAAACAAGAUUUUCAACUCCCUUCAAUUUGUGUGAAGAGAAUGUAUUUGGUAUUAAGACUGCAGAGAUGAGGUGGUUGGCUGCUAAGAAGAUGGAAGAAGCUGCAAUGGCAGCAGAAGCUAUUGCUCUUGCCGAAAUCAAGGCUCUAUCCAGUACUGCGAGAUCAUCAGGCUUUGUCCUACCAAAGCCUGAAAAAGUGACUUUGCCUUUGAGGGAGCGAUCUCUAACCCCUGAAACUAAAAUACCCGAGGAGUCUAUGGCAAAGAAGGUCGCAGAUUCCAAGUUUCAAAUUGAUGAUGUGAGUAUUUCUAAAUUGACUAUUCUGAGGCGGAUGGAGGAAGCAACAGAAGAAGUUCGACAUAGCAAGCAGAUCUUGACAGAAGCUCUGAACAGAGUUGACACUGCAAACAGGAAGCAACACGCUGCUCAAGAGGCUCUGAGGAGACUGAUUCCAGAGAAUGAUCUCAAGGGACAAGCAAUGUAUAACUCUAUUAAGUGUGACAAAUUCGAUUUAGCUGGAAAUUGUCAAGAUUCUCCUCUACCAGAUGUAACAAGAUCAAACCCGUUGAACAACAAUCCAAAGCCUGCUUUAAGGCCAACAGUUUCAAUGAGAGAUGUGCUUAGCAGAAAGCAAGUUCCUGAAGAAUAUGCCACAAGAAAGGAUAUGGAAGAGAAUCCUGAAAGACAAAAGGUUGCUUUGAGCCAAAUGCUGCGUGCACUAAGGGAAGAUGUUGCUCUUCCUCCAAAAUCUGAGAAAGAUGAUAGCGAUCAGAAACAGUUCAUAGGCCAGAGGAAGAAGUUUGGAUUCAUUCAAAUAUCACUCCCAUUGACAAGGCCAAGUAAGAAAAGGACAUGAACUUUUAAGCUCUAUACAUAUGCAUGCAUGAAUGACCACCAUUAGUGUGCUGAUGUGUACCGACUCCCGCGUUUUUUUUUGGGCAGUACAUGAUAUAGAAGAUGUUUGAAUUCAAAAUCUCUUGCUGCUUAUCACUCAAUGAUGUCCCUUAUAACUAGAUUCUUGUGUUGGAUAUGUUAAUUCUGUUUUGUGUUGGCGUUUGAUUUUGUAAAGGAUUUUGUGCUUGAGCAGUUGGUUUGGAAUGAAACGAUUAUGGGUAUGCAGACCUUGCUAUCCGUAUCAGCUUACUUGUCGAUGUACAUGUCGCUUCCGCCUAACGAACGGUUGCGAUUUGCUUGCUUGAUGGCGGUCUAUAAUCUACCGUAGUAUUCUUGGAGGAAUAUUUGAUUAGUGCUUGUUGGGAAACCCAUAGCACUUG